GGAGGGGGGGCGGAGGACGUGGUCACCGAGGGGAGCCCCCGCCCCCUUCUCAGAGGCCGAGACUCCGGUUGCAGAGAGAACUGGAACUGGGCUCGCCCUAGGGGAAGGCAGCGCGGCCAAUCCGUCCCCUCCCCACACCUACUUUGAGGGGGUGGGUGAUAGAGGAGAGGUUGGGGUUGGAGCAGCGGUGAGGGGGCCCCUCCCUGGCACCUCCCUCCACCAGACUUGGUCGCGCCCGAAGUGUAACACUUUCUCUUUGUCGGAGGAGCUCUUCUGUUUCCUGUGCAGCAGCUCCCGUUGUGGAGGCACCCGUAGCAGCCCUGGCGGACCAAGGAGCGAUGGCAGCGGCCGAUAUAGCUCGCCAGGUGGUGCAUUGAAACUACAUACAAGACACGUGGAAAGAAGAAAAGGGGAUGGGGAACGGAGAGAGGAAGAAGGGGAAGGAAGGAAAAGGGAAACCAUGCAUAGAUGCUCUCUUGAAACGCAUCCAUCUGCAUGACUUUUGCCCCAACAACUUCCUGGACAGAUCCCCGUUAAACGAGACCAGAUGGAGGCAGAGGCGAAUUCAGGCUCCCAAGAGGGCAGUUGGGCAUUCACCCAGAGGCCUAUGGGGCGAAGACUGUCGAACUGUCCCCCUGGCUGGACAUGUGGGGUUUGACAGCUUGCCUGACCAGCUGGUGAAUAAGUCAGUCAGCCAGGGCUUCUGCUUCAACAUCCUGUGCGUGGGGGAGACAGGUUUGGGCAAGUCCACCCUCAUGGAUACCCUGUUCAACACCAAGUUUGAAGGGGAGCCAACGACUCACACACAGCCAGGUGUUCAGCUCCGGUCCAGUACCUACGACCUCCAGGAGAGCAAUGUGGGGUUGAAGCUCACAAUUGUGAGCACUGUAGGCUUUGGGGACCAGAUCAACAAGGAGGACAGCUACAAGCCCAUCGUGGAAUUCAUUGAUGCUCAGUUCGAGGCCUACCUACAGGAGGAGCUGAAGAUCCGGAGAGUACUGCACUCCUACCAUGACUCCCGAAUCCACGCCUGCUUGUAUUUCAUUGCCCCGACAGGGCAUUCGCUUAAGUCUCUGGACCUAGUAACCAUGAAGAAGCUGGAUAGUAAGGUGAACAUCAUUCCCAUCAUUGCCAAGUCAGAUGCCAUUUCUAAGAGUGAGCUGGCAAAGUUCAAGAUCAAAAUCACCAGUGAGCUUGUGAGCAAUGGAGUCCAGAUCUAUCAGUUCCCCACAGAUGAUGAGUCGGUGGCCGAGAUCAAUGGAACCAUGAAUGCCCACCUGCCGUUUGCUGUUGUUGGCAGCACAGAAGAAGUGAAGAUAGGGAACAAGAUGAUGCGAGCUCGGCAGUAUCCUUGGGGGACCGUGCAGGUUGAAAAUGAGGCCCACUGCGACUUUGUGAAGCUGCGGGAGAUGCUGAUUCGAAUCAACAUGGAGGAUCUGCGGGAGCAGACCCAUGCCCGGCACUACGAAUUGUACCGCCGCUGUAAGCUGGAGGAGAUGGGCUUCAAGGACACCGACCCUGACAGCAAACCAUUCAGUUUACAGGAGACAUAUGAGGCGAAAAGAAACGAGUUCCUGGGGGAGCUCCAGAAGAAAGAAGAGGAGAUGAGACAGAUGUUUGUCCAGAGAGUCAAAGAGAAGGAAGCAGAGCUCAAGGAGGCUGAAAAAGAGCUGCAUGAGAAGUUUGACCGUCUGAAGAAACUGCACCAGGAGGAGAAGAAGAAGCUGGAAGAUAAGAAGAAGUGUCUGGAUGAGGAAAUGAAUGCUUUCAAGCAGAGAAAGGCGGCAGCCGAGCUGCUCCAGUCUCAGGGCUCUCAGGCUGGAGGCUCGCAGACUCUGAAAAGAGACAAAGAGAAGAAGAAUUAACCCUGCUGUUUGCUGCAUGCUGCAUGACACCCAGGGUCCUGUAACCCAUGGCUGUGUACUGAAUAGUAUGCCCUGCUACAGCUGGACUGGACUCCACUUAGCCUUUUAAGCGAAGGUUCUUAUUUUAACUGACAACUUUUUUUAAAAUGGUGCCAGACAGCUGGGCCCUCCACCCCUGCUCUGGUACUUCAAGCAUUUUGGUUUUUUUGUUUUGUUUUGUUUUGUUUUUUGAGUUCUGCAACUUGCUUCUGCCUUCCAGUCCCACUGGCACGGACCAUGACCUUCUUCUUUUUUCUUGUUAUAAAGGUGGCUGUAUGAUCACUACCUCUAAAGAAAUUCAAGGUGAUAAUAAAUUUACAGGCCUUCUGAACUGUUACGAAAAGGCAGGGGCCAUUGUCUACAGUCAUAGUUAAUAACUUAAACCUAAGACUAAGCCCAAAGCAGAACUAGUUAAAGGCAAGCAAGUCUAUGUGCGAACUUUCUCUUUUCUAGUUGGCAAAGAAGUGGUUUUGAUGCGUACUGGCCAGCGGACAGAGGCAAGUACAGGGUGACAAUGUGAAAGCAUGUGGUUGUCCUUGAGGAAAGCCAACUGGAAGGAGAGAAUUUCAGGAAAACCUAUACCUAGAGGCAAAACA